AUGAACUCUCUGCCACUCCAAUCUGUGUCUACCAACCGCUCGUCGAGUGGUGGAAGCCAACAAUUGCGCAUUUCACAGACGAUGUCUACCGUCACAAGCCAACAAGUGUCGGUUGGAAACUACUGUACCGCGCUCAGCAGCUAUGCUACCACAGUGAUUUUCAAGAGUGGUCUCGCAUUUGCCGGUUUUUGGCAAAGUAUUGGAUCGGCUGUUUCAUCGGCCGGAGGCAUGUUUGGCAGACUUGCUGUCUUUGCUUCCAAAGAACAUUGGUUUGCUAGGAAGGGAAUGGGCGGUGUUUUGGGCAUAUUUUCAUGA